UAGAGGAACAGAAAACACAAAAAGAAAAAUUAAGUUAACAGAAAGAGGUAGUUAGGCAAGAAAUUGUAGUUAAUGAGUAACGGGUUGUAACCGUGUCCCCACCCUGCAGAGCCUGCUCUGUGUGUGUAUGAUUGCAUAUACAGGCUGAUAUCACCAACAUAAAAAACAGGAAAAGAAGACAGAUUGUCGCCUUCUCGGUUGCUGUUUUCAACCUCCGGCUUCCGCCAAGUUCAUUCUGCCCUCAGCCAACGGUCCCACCCAUGGGGAAAUCCAAAGACAAGUCUGGACCCUUGGCUCGGAGGCCUGACAAUUCAGCCUUCAAGCAGCAGCGGUUGCCCGCCUGGUCACCGAUGCUAACUGCUAAUACUGUGCUGCCUUUCUUCUACCUCCUGGCUUUGAUUUGCAUGCUGCUCGGAGUGUGGCUGCUUCUCACCGUGCAGAGCACACAGAAAGUAAAGCUGGACUACACUGAGCUCGGGAGCUGUGAUCAAUGUUUUCAAUUGCGUAAAAAUGUGAGCUACGCAGCGCAGACCUGCAGCUGCAAGGUGGAGUUUUCCAUUGACAGAGCAUUUAAGGGAGAUGUCUUUUUUUACUAUGGUCUCAGAAACUUCCAUCAGAACCUCCGCAGGUAUAUGGACUCCAGAGAUGAUGAACAGAUGUUGGGCAGGAAGAAUAAGUUAAAGAACCCAAGUUCUUAUUGUGAGCCAUUUGCAAAAGAUGCAGGAGUCCCCAUCGCUCCCUGUGGAGCGGUCGCCAACAGUAUGUUCAAUGACUCCUUCACGCUGACCUAUCAUCCCUCCAGGAGUCGUACUAUUCCUGUUCCUCUGCUACGGAAGGGCCUCACAUGGUACACAGACAAAAACGUCAAGUUUCGCAACCCAAAUACGGACAAUCUAACUCUGGCUGCGACGUUUGAAGGUACAAGACAGCCUGUGUACUGGCAGAAACCUGUAUAUGAUCUGGACCCACACGACCCGACCAACAGUGGUUUUAUUAACGAGGAUCUGAUCAUCUGGAUGAGGGAGGCAGCGUUCCCCAACUUCAAGAAGCUUUAUGGGAUUUUAAACAGAGCAGAUGCUUCCUUCACAAAGGGUCUUCCAAAGGGGAACUACACCAUCGAUAUAUCCUACAACUUCCCUGUGCAGUACUUCCAGGGCAGAAAGGAAGUGGUGCUGACCACGCUGACCUGGUUCGGAGGCCAGAACUAUUUCCUGCCUAUUGCUUACCUGGUAACCAGCAGCCUGAUCCUGCUGAUGGCCGUCGUCCUCACCUUGGCCUGGUGGAAGUUCGGAAAGGAUGGGAAGAACAUGAAGGAAUGAAAUGUCAUGAUGCUGAGGGCUAAAACAGAAAUAAUGAAAAAAAAAAAUGAAGGAUAAAAUUCAGGGAAAUUUAUCAGCAGUUAAAAACUUUAACCAGUUGAUCCACAUGUGAAAGGUUUCAAGUAAAUGUUCUAAACAAGCUGUUUUAAAAGGUUAUCAUGCUGCACUCACUGUACCUCAGCUGAAAUUCAAACAUGUCCUUUUAACCUUAGCUUAAAUUCUUUUUAUUCCUGUUUUGUAUGAAGGUAGUCUGUGCUAUGGCAGAAGAUCUUGCAUACCUGCAAACCUCACAGUAGGGACACGCCAUAUUGGAGAUGAAGUAAUGGAAGCACUUUUUCUCGUUUUAUAAAAUAAUUUGGGAGAGGUCGGUUUUUAGGAAUAAAACCAAAAAUAUUUGUUAUUAAACUGAACAGCUAAAUACUAGUUUUUAGAGAGAGUAAUCAGCUUGGGACUGGAAUUGGCCCGAUUUUCAGCUGGAUCGGGCAGUCAGGAACCCCUAAAUCCAAUAUUUUUCCUUUUUAGCCUCACUGUUGAAGGAAAUAUUUCUGUCCAAAACCUACACUAAACUUCGACUUUAGUAGUGUAUUUUUUUAUUUAUACAGUGAAAUGUUUUGAGAACAAUUUGUUGGCAUUUUGUGUACAUUGUGGUACUCUAAAGGUAAAACAUUAAUACAUUUUUUCUUUAAUAAAGGCUGGUACACCAGGUACUUGUUUGUUAUUCCACAGUGAAGUUUCUACUUUUAUAUUAUGAAAUAAACAACCCUAGAAUAAAACUACACUGAAAUGGUUCACAUUAGAGAAAAAAAUGUAACUUUGUAAAACAAAAUUUAAGCAUAAGACGCUUUGUUUUCACAGUGACUCCUCUUUAGUAUUUGAUCUUUAAAAAGCAUAAUUCUCAGUGGGUUAAAGUUGAAAACAAGUUUCCCACCUUCAUCUACCACACUGAAUGCAGCAUCAGCUCACUUUACAUGUUUAAUUGUCUCCAUUUGUUAAAACUCUGCUUUUGUUCAAUAUGAAAGCCAAACUUUAUGUAAUGUUAUUUAUAUUACUUUGUAAUGACCCAAUUUGAAGUGCAAUUGUUAAGUGAAGGACUAAAAUAAAUAAACGUCUCCUUAAAAAAAAAAAAAAAAAAAAA